AUGGGUCUGGCAGGAUUUCUCGGUAAACCCGCACUUCGGACUCUGUCAGGAGUACCGCGGCCAGGCUGUUCACUCGGACUUGGUACCCGGGACUUUUACACAUGUGCCAGGACAUAUGGAAAACGCAUUUCAUACACUCACCAAAGCAAUUCAUUUCAAAAGGCCUUCAAAGGUCAGCGAGUGAUCAUCAGCCAGGCUAAUCAUGAGACUAAAGCUCCUCAAGUUCAAACAAAUCAAAAAACAUCUAAUGGUGCAUACCCUUCACAGCUUGAUAUCUUCUCACAUUCAAGCUCUAAAAAAUCAGAGAAGGCAUCAAUCGUCGAUCAAACAGAGAACGAUGAACCUCACAACGAUCCAAUUGAAUCCGAAGAAAUAUCAUCAGAUGAAGUGUCUUUACUGCGGAAACAGCAUAAGAUUAGACUCACUCCAACAGUCAUUGAAGAUCCUUCGAUUCCUGAUUUAAUCACUUCAUUUGAUCAAUUAACUCGAUUCACCAAGAAUUCUUCAAAAUCCAGAAAACCUCGAGUACAAAUCACAUCAGACACUGUAAAGAAUUUGGUUCGAAAUAUGUCAACUCGUGGUUGGAAUCAACCUACUCCGAUUCAGAUGCAAGCCAUCCCCAUCAUUCUAGCAGUCUUUGAAGAUUUGUUGGCUCACUCGCCUACAGGAUCUGGCAAGACGAUUUCAUUCUUACUUCCAAUCUUAUUAUCUUUACCACCAUCCAACCAAUCCCAACGAACUCCACGAGCAUUGAUAAUCGAACCUACGCGAGAGUUGGCUCAACAGGUCUGUGAAGUGACAAAAGGCUUGAUGGGCGUCAAUGAUAAAUCUCAAGAGGCAAACUGGAUCGUAUCUGUCUUGGGCGAAGACGAGCCCGGUGCUGAAGAUCCGGCUGCCAAGGUCCAAAAGCCUCAUAACAAACGUCAACGCAAAGCUUCAAACGGUACUUCGGACCGUAAACCUUCUCAGGCGAAUGUGAUUUCUCGGUUACCUUCAACAGGAUGUGAUGUAUUGAUUAGCACACCACUCAAGCUAUUAUAUCACAUACGAGACUCGCCUGAAUCAUUAUCACAUAUAACUCAUCUCGUCCUGGAUGAAGUAGAUCAACUAUUAGAUAAGAGUAGUUUUCUUGAACAAGUCGAUCAAAUCCUAGAAAUCUUAAAACAGGCUACUACAACCAAUCAGGAAACUAAAGUGGUACAAAAAGUGAUGAUGAGUGCGACUAUCUCAAGUGAAGUUGAAGAGUUGAGUAAAUCAGUCAUGAGCUCAGCUCGUUUUGUAAGAUUACUCAUUGGUCAAAAACAUGCAGCACCAAAUAAAGUGAAACAAAGAUUAGAUUAUGUAGAUUCAGAAGCCAGUAAAUUAUCACAUUUUGUCACUUUGUUACGAAACAAUAAUAAUACAUUAAGUAAAGUCGAAAAACUAUGUCCACCAGUCUUGAUUUUUUGUCAAUCAGCCGAAAGAGUAGAAGAACUUUCCAAAAUCUUAAGAAGAGAAUUAAUUGGAACCGUUAAAUCGAAUUGUAUUGAUUAUAUUCAUGGUUCAAGACCUAAAGAAGAUCGAGAUCAAAUUGUCUUGGAAUUCGCGAAUAAAUCAAUUUGGUUUUUGUGUUGUACUGAUAUUUUUAGUCGUGGUAUAGAUUUUAAAGAGGUCAAUACGGUGAUUUGUUGGGAUUUUCCUCAAAGUUCUGAUUCUUAUUUGCAUCGGAUAGGUCGUACAGGAAGGGCUGGAAACACAGGACAAGCCGUUACAUUUUUUACAAAACAAGAUGGAAAAUAUCUAAAGAUGGUAGUCAAUGUGAUGAAAAAUAGUGGAUGUGAGGUACCAGAUUGGAUGUUAAAGUUAGGUAACUUGAGUAAAAAUGAUCGAAAGAUUAUGAAGAUUAAACCUGUGAAACGAACAAGUGUUAAACAAGCUGCUUUAGGUAUCAAUAAUGCUAGUCGAAAGAGAAAGAAAGACGGGGAAGAGGAAAAGGGGAAGGCAGAUGGAGAUAAUGAGGAUGAUGAAGAGGAAUGGGUACCUUGCUCUGUUGAUGUUGAAUGA